AUGGGAUCCACGAAGAAGCGACAAGUCAAGCGCGACCCCGACUCGCCACCCGCAGACGAGAAUCCUACCCACGGCGACAAAGAAGUGAAACCCAAUAUUACUGCAAAGAAGGCCAAGGGUCCGCAGCCCUACGCGCCUGGCGCCAAGUCGUCACUCGCCGAGAUGAUCAUCAAGAUUGGUAUCGCUGGCCUGCCUAGCCACGCCGAGGUGUGCGAGAAGCCAGCUCCGCACGCAGCUGGAUCCACGCUGGGGUGUGCGUCGCGAGCUGACCAAGUGCGCCGAGUCGCAGGGUUGAGCCAUGCGGAUGCAAAGGUGACGAGAGCAAUCGUACCGAACAUCAUGAAGCGCGAAGCAGACGCCGAGCCCACCGUUAAGCAAGAAUCGGAACGCAAGAGAAAGGCGCGUGGAGGCGAGCCCUGCGCAGAAGGCGCCAGAGCCGCGCUCGCCCAGAUGAUUAUCGACAUCGGUCUUGCUGGUCUACCUGCCUAUGAUGAGGUCUGCGAGAAGCAACAGCUCAAAAACCAGCUCGAUGCGCGUGCGCCGCGACCUGACUAA